AUGGAAAUCCCGUUGUCUCCAUUACCUUUAAACUUUUCACUGCUGUUUAACGUCAGCGGAAUGAUACCAAACGCCAGCAAACAGCUCACUGACAUUGACCUCUUUGAAAUCCUGGGACCCACGCGCUCGCCCUUCUUCCUCCCAGUGACCGGAGUUUACCUGCUGAUUUUCCUCACUGGUUUGAUCGGAAACCUCCUCACUUGUGCCGUGAUCGCCAAACGCAAGAAGAUGCGCAACCCCACAAACCUGUACCUGCUGAGUCUGGCCGUGUCUGACCUUCUGCUGCUGGUUUUUGGGAUGCCGUUGGAGAUUUACGACCUCUGGCAGAACUAUCCCUUUCCUUUCGGAGAGGCUGGCUGUUACUUCAAGACCUUCCUCUUCGAGACGGUCUGCUUUGCCUCCAUUCUGAAUGUCACAGCACUGAGUGUGGAGAGAUACAUCGCUGUGGUCCAUCCCCUCAAAACAAGAUAUCUGUCGACCAACCAGCAUGCCAAGCAGGUCAUUGGCAUCGUGUGGGUGGUGUCGAUGAUCUGUGCCAUCCCCAACACUUCGCUCCAUGGCAUCUUCUUCCUGCCAGACAGGCUGGAGGAGUCUGCCAUUUGCACUGUGCUGACGCCUCUGUGGAUCUACCACCUGGUGAUGCAGAUCACCACAGUCUGCUUCUACUUCAUCCCCAUCACUGUGAUCGGCGUCCUGUACCUGGUGAUGGGGCUUCAUCUGAGUCGAGAGCAGUUGCAACACAGCGGUCAGAGCUGCGUCAACCACCGAAGAGUGAGCACGGAGAACAGACGGAGGAGACAAGUCAUCAAAAUGCUGUCAAUCGUCGUGGCAGUGUUCGGAGUCUGCUGGGCUCCGUUUCACAUCGAACGGCUCCUGUGGAGUUCCAUCAGCCACUGGACCGACAUGCUGCAUAAUAUUUACCAGUACGUCCACCUCCUGUCUGGAGUUUUCUUCUAUCUCAGUUCAGCUGUCAAUCCCAUCAUCUACAGCCUUACCUCCACGCGGUUCCGGGAGUGCUUCAGGGAACUGGUGUGUUCGUCUUCUGAGGACAGCAACUCUGUCAGGGAUUCUCCACCUUUCCCAAAUAUCUUGCUGGAGACUUCAAUGUCUGGCUCCAGAUCGCAGGUGAAGGGGAAGCGCGCCAACGCUUUAAUCCCGUCGGACCCUUCGGCCAUUACAGACACGUCAGUCCUCAAACGUAGCAGGAAGGAGCCGGACAGGAAGACGUCUGUUUUAUAAUGCCACCACGAAUGUUAAGGUGCAGAUGUCUUGUUUUCUGAGCAGCAGCCUAACGUGGAGAACCAGAGGCAGAAAAGAAGAGUUAGGUGAUACAGCAGAAAUGCUGGCAAAGACUGCUUUGAAUGUAACCAAACAACCCAGCUGAAUACAAAGACUCAUAUGUCAUCCCACAUUACCAGUCAGUAAAGGGGGUUUCCAUCCACCUAUUUGAGUUCACUGAUCCACUGAUCACACUGAUGCACAAGACACGUCACAGCUAGGAUGAUGAUAACAACAACAAACAUGGAGGAAUCCCUGAACAAAAGCAAACAAAAGCUUCUGUUUGCUUUUGUUUGUACCCUGAAUGUACUUCUUAUAAACUUCUUAUAAAACUUCUUAGAAAACUGAAAUUCUUAUACAAAUAUUUUCAAGAUAUUAAAAGAGCUUUAGUUUAAAUAAGGUGAUAAUAAAAGUUGAAUAUAGACACCAUUGUGAUUUAUUGUCAAACUGAUGCAAAAUAAACAACAUUUUGUUGUUUAAAUGUAUGUAUGGGUCCAUUAUUUGAUUCAGUAAUAGACCAAAUUCAUUCCAAUUGAAAAAUGUGGCUUCUUGUGGCAAAUAUUCUGCUACCGUCUGCCUCAGCUGUCUCCCCAAAAGUCGCCACUUCACUACAAUCCUGUCACACAACAAGUGAACGUACACUCGGCAACAGCUGCUCAGGUUAACAAUAUUGACACAAACUCUUACCCUACUCUGUCAGGAUUGUUGAGACAGACGUGCUUCAGACACGUGAGCAGCACACUCUUCCGAGACACUUUCGAGCCAACGUUUACUUUCUUAAACCACAAUCAAACAUGACCUUAUGGAAUCCAAACUCACUUUCUAGUUCUGCUGAUGAUAUAUGACUUGAAGGUGAGUGAAGCAAAUACAAAAAGACAGCAACAACAGCAGCCUUCACUUACCCAGCUUCUUGACCGGAAAUAUUCAGCCUCUUCUGUCAAACGUGGAAGUGUUGCAUGCAUACAGUGCAUUUGAUCAUUUGCCCAGAAAUGUUUCAGAUUUUUAGGAAAACAGAACAUUGAUGCCAGUCACUCUGUUGAGGAGGAACAGAACCGAGACAAUACAUUGGGUUCACUGUGUCACAACUAUUGUGACACAAAAAUAUGAAGCUGUAUAUACUUUGAUCAACAUUGUGUUUUAUAUUCCUGGAGCAACCACAAAAAUAUACUUGUGUUUUAACACAAAUAUUUAUUGACAAUUCAAACAUUCUUCACUGGCAGGAGUUCAGUCUUUGCCUGGGAAGACUGACUGUAUCUUUCUGAAGCUAGAAAUAUCUCCAGUUUUCAAAGCAGAACAGAUCAUUAUCCAGUGGCUCUAUGCGUUGCUGCUGCCUGGUUCCCUGGUUAAGCAGGGAAGCGAAGCAGCAGCAAAGCUCACACGUAUACUGUAUGCACUUCAAUAGAAAACAUAGAACCUCAAAAGCUGUGAUGGCUGAAAGAGACCCUUGAGGGAGAAUGUAGCAUCACUAUGUUUAUAUACAACAGUAGAACAUUAGAGGAAGUGACCAUGGCAGAGAGGUGGCCGCCAAAACCGAUUGGUGAAUUAAGAUUCGUAGUGAAUUAAGCUUUUUAUUUGCUUUGUGAGUCAUGCCACUGAAGGCGUUAACAGUUGCUUUGAAGGCCUCCAGUUCCUUUGCAGGAUAUAUAUAUAUAUACGUGUGUGUGUGUCAGUUUUUCUCGGUCAAAACAAAUAUGGAUGAUGAUGCUUGUCUGUACAUAUAUGUUGUAUGUGUCUUAUUUUCGGAGCAUAUUCCAGCUGUGCUUGCGUUCAAUAUUUUUGGUGUCUGCAGUGCUGACUUGUAACGUUGUGUGAUGCCUUCAUUUGGAGC